AUGUUUAGGAAGAAUAAGAUUGGUAUUAGUGGUUUACUUGAAACUAAACUUCGAGGUAAUAAAAUAGAUGAGUUUAUGGGACAUCGAUUUCCUAAUUGGGACUAUUUUUCCAGCCCAAAUACAGAAGGAAGACUGUUAAUUCUUUGGCGGAAGGGAAUAGCUAAGGUGAGUAUAUUGGAAGACUCUUCUCAGCUGGUUCACUAUCAGGUUAAGUUGAUUGGUCUCCAGAAUAUUUUCUUUGUUUCGUUCGUGUAUGGAUUUAAUUCAGUUCAUAGUAGGAGGAGCCUUUGUUGUGAUCUAGCUCCCAUUUCUCUUACUGUUAAGGCUUGGCUGGUUCUUGGGGAUUUUAAUGCCCCUUUUCCAGGGGAUGAUAGGUCUGGUGGCUGCUCUAUAUCUAGUGUUGAAUUGGUUGAUCCUAUAGGCUGGAAAACUACUACUAAAAUGGAAGCUAUCAAAAGUACGGGUUCCUAUUUUGCUUGGACAAACAACCAAGAAGGAUCAGCUAGGAUCUUCUCCAAAAUUGAUCAUGCUCUCAUUAAUGAAGAGUGGCUGGAUAAGUUUCCGAACUGUUUGGCUGUGUUCAAUUGGGAUGUGGUGUCGGAUCAUUGCUCUUUUAUAGUUUUUAUUAUUCCUUUGGAGACUAUUGGAACAAAACUAUUCAGAUUUUAUAACUUUUGGGCUAGUCACCCUGAGUUUAUUCAAGUGGUGUUGAAUAGUUGGAGAGUCCCCGUUUAUGCUACUGGGUUGAAGGCGAUUUUUACCAGACUUAUUUGUCUGAAGCACAAGCUUAGGCAGCUUAAUAGGGACAGGUUUGGAGAUAUUGUCAAGGAAAUAAAAGUAGCUUUGUUUAGUAUUCCUAGAUCUAAAUUGCCUGGUCCAGACGGGUAUGGAUCUUGUUUUUUCAAAUCAGUUUGGAAGCAUAUAGGUCAGGACAUCUGCGUUACAAUCACUCAUGGCUUCACCACAGACCAGUUUCCUCAAGAGCUGCACGAAACUUCCUUGUCCCUGAUACCUAAAGUCCCAAGUCCAGCUAGAGCCUCCGAUUAUAGACCCAUUGCUUGUUGUUCAACCCUGUACAAGGUCAUAGCUGAGCUGUUAUGUUCCCGGCUAUCAGUGGUGCUCCCUCAAAUCAUUCAAGUUAAUCAAGGUGCGUUUGUUCGUGGUAGAUCCAUAGCUCAUAAUAUCAUGAUUCUUCAAGACUUAAUUAAGAAUUAUGGUAGAGCUAAUACCUCUCCGCGGUGUGCGAUUAAAAUUGACAUUAGUAAGGCUUAUGAUACGGUUGAUUGGCAGUUUUUGGAGAAUCUGUUGAAGGCCUACUGUUUUCCAUCUAAGUUUAUUGGCUGGGUUAUGAAGUGUGUCAGGAGUUCUUCUUACUCUCUGCAGAUUAAUGGUCGGGUCCAAUGCAAGUUCAAGGGGGGCAAAGGUCUGCGCCAAGGGGACCCAAUGUCCCCUCUUCCCUUUGUUCUCAUCAUGGAAUACAUGACUAGAUGCUUACAACUUGGUGCCAACUCCUCUGCUUUUCAGUUUCACCCUUUAUGUAAGAGUUUGAAGCUUGUUAACCUAUGCUUUGCAGACGAUGUGAUCUUAUUUUGCAAAGGGUCUGUUUUGGCAGUGUCUGUCCUAAAGGCUUCUCUUAAAGAAUUUAGUGAUGCUUCUGGGCUUACUAUUAAUUCUAAGAAAUUGCUUCUCAUUCAAACUGUCCUAUUUGUCUUGAGAAAUUACUGGAUGUCAGUGUUUACCUUACCUCAAAGCAUCAUUAAGGAAGUUGAGAAAUUAUGUAGACAAUUCCUUUGGGGGGCCUUGGGAACCAGAAGUAAGCUUCAUUUAGCUUCUUGGCAUCAAGUGUGCCUGCCUAAGGCGUAUGGUGGGCUUGGUCUUAGGGAUGGCGCUAGCUGGAAUAGGGCUCUCUUGGCAAGGUAUGUAUGGGCUGUCUCUACAAAGCUAGACUCUCUUUGGGUGAAGUGGAUCCAGCAUAUUUAUCUAAAGGGGGCUAACUUUUGGGAGUAUGAGUUGAAGCAAGACAGUAGCUGGUAUUGGCGCAAGCUAUGUCACCUUAGGAAGAGAUUCAAUGAGCAAGAGAUUCUGGCUGCUGGUAGCUCUGGGAUUUUCAAGCCUGCUAUGCUCUGUGAUUUACCAGAUUUGGAGGAAUAG